GGUAGCGCAUUAAAUUCCCGAAACUGAAACCCUGGUCUUCUGUCCUUCCGCUUCAACCCAAAUUCCCGAACUCUCGUCGGCAGAGAAGAGGUGUGGAAGUUGCGACGGGAGCUCGAGAAGAUUAGUUCGUGAGAGAAAUCGCGACGGAGAAGGAGUGAAAGCCCCUUAAAUCUUGUAAAUCCGGCUUCUUUGGAUCUCUUAUCGACGAAAUUAGCUUUUUCAGCCGGAAAUGGACGGGGCUGAUGAUUACAUGAUGGACAAUGAUGACGAUGAGGAAAUUACUCAGGAGGACGCUUGGGCUGUGAUUAGCGCCUACUUCGAAGAGAAGGGUCUUGUGAGGCAGCAGCUUGACUCGUUCGACGAGUUCAUCCAGAAUACUAUGCAGGAGAUUGUGGACGAGUCCGCUGACAUCGAGAUUCGGCCUGAAUCGCAACAUAACCCUGGCCGCCAAUCGGACUUCGUCGAGACAAUAUACAAAAUUAGCUUUGGUCAAAUAUAUUUGAGUAGACCCAUGAUGACAGAGUCAGAUGGAGAAACCGCUACAUUAUUCCCAAAGGCUGCAAGGUUGAGAAAUCUAACUUAUUCUGCACCAUUGUAUGUGGAUGUUACUAAAAAGAUUAUAAAAAAGGGACAUGAUUGUGAGGAAGUUACUGAGACUCAGGAAUUCACAAAAGUUUUCAUUGGAAAGGUCCCCAUUAUGUUAAGGUCUAGUUAUUGCACACUUUUUCAAAAUUCAGAAAAGGAUUUGACAGAAUUGGGAGAAUGUCCUUACGAUCAAGGUGGAUAUUUUAUUAUCAAUGGUAGCGAGAAGGUUUUGAUUGCGCAAGAAAAGAUGAGCACCAAUCAUGUUUAUGUUUUUAAGAAACGACAACCAAACAAAUUUGCUUAUGUGGCUGAAGUUCGAUCUAUGGCUGAGAGCCAAAAUAGGCCAGCAAGCAGCAUGUUUGUGCGAAUGCUCUCAAGAACUAGUGCCAAAGGAGGUUCUUCAGGACAAUAUAUCCGUGCGACGCUUCCAUAUAUACGAGCGGAUAUCCCUAUAAUUAUAGUAUUCCGAGCAUUAGGGUUCGUUGCUGACAAGGAUAUUCUGGAACAUAUAUGCUAUGACUUCUCCGACUCACAAAUGAUGGAAUUGUUGCGGCCAUCUCUUGAAGAAGCAUUUGUUAUUCAGAAUCAACAGGUGGCGUUGGAUUACAUAGGGAAGCGAGGGGCAACCGUUGGUGUUACGAGAGAAAAGAGAAUCAAGUAUGCAAAAGAAAUUCUUCAAAAAGAGAUGCUUCCACAUGUUGGUGUAGGAGAGUAUUGUGAAACAAAAAAAGCUUACUAUUUUGGAUAUAUUAUUCAUCGGUUGUUAUUAUGUGCCCUUGGACGACGACCAGAAGAUGAUAGGGACCACUAUGGCAAUAAAAGGCUGGAUCUUGCAGGUCCUUUACUUGGUGGCUUGUUCAGAAUGUUGUUUAGAAAAUUAACACGGGAUGUGAGAUCCUAUGUUCAAAAGUGUGUUGAUAAUGGAAAAGAUGUCAAUUUGCAAUUUGCAAUCAAAGCAAAAACAAUCACAAGUGGUCUGAAGUAUUCCCUCGCCACUGGAAAUUGGGGUCAAGCAAAUCAAGCUGGUACAAGAGCAGGGGUUUCACAAGUGUUGAAUCGCCUCACUUAUGCAUCUACUUUGUCACACUUACGAAGAUUGAACUCUCCCAUAGGACGUGAAGGAAAAUUGGCGAAGCCACGACAACUGCACAAUUCUCACUGGGGGAUGAUGUGUCCUGCUGAAACACCUGAAGGACAAGCUUGUGGUUUGGUGAAGAACCUUGCUUUGAUGGUGUAUAUUACUGUAGGUUCAGCUGCCCAUCCUAUCUUAGAAUUCUUAGAAGAGUGGGGUACUGAAAAUUUUGAGGAAAUCUCUCCAGCUGUCAUUCCGCAAGCAACUAAGAUUUUUGUUAAUGGUUGCUGGGUUGGCAUUCAUCGGAACCCUGACCUCCUUGUGAAGACCUUAAGGAAGCUAAGACGACAGAUUGAUGUCAAUACUGAGGUGGGGGUUAUUCGAGACAUCCGUCUUAAAGAAUUGCGGCUUUAUACGGAUUAUGGUCGCUGUAGUCGCCCAUUAUUCAUUGUUGAAAAGCAAAGGCUUUUGAUAAAGAAAAAAGAUAUUAUAUCACUGCAACAACGGGAAACACCAGAAGAAGGUUGGCAUGAUCUUGUUGCAAAAGGAUUUAUUGAGUAUAUAGACACUGAGGAAGAAGAGACCACUAUGAUUUCCAUGACCAUUAAUGAUCUUGUGAAUGGUAGGCAGAAUCCUGAGGAUGCGUAUGCGGAAACUUACACCCAUUGUGAAAUACAUCCAUCUCUAAUUUUGGGCGUUUGCGCAUCAAUUAUCCCUUUUCCUGAUCACAACCAGUCACCUCGUAACACAUAUCAGUCAGCAAUGGGAAAGCAGGCCAUGGGGAUUUAUGUAACAAACUACCAAUUACGAAUGGAUACUCUAGCCUAUGUCCUCUACUAUCCGCAGAAGCCUCUUGUUACAACUCGUGCUAUGGAACACUUGCACUUCAGACAGCUUCCUGCAGGAAUUAAUGCUAUUGUUGCAAUCACCUGCUAUUCAGGGUAUAACCAAGAGGACUCUGUUAUAAUGAAUCAAUCUUCGAUAGACCGAGGGUUCUUUCGAUCUUUAUUCUUCCGUUCUUAUAGAGAUGAAGAAAAAAAGAUGGGUACUCUUGUGAAAGAAGAGUUUGGACGUCCAAAUAGAGAAAAUACUAUGGGUAUGAGGCAUGGAUCUUAUGAUAAAUUAGACGAUGAUGGUCUUGCACCUCCUGGGACAAGGGUCUCUGGUGAAGAUGUCAUUAUUGGGAAGACUUCUCCAAUUGCUCAAGAUGAAGCUCAGGGAGCAGCUUCAAGGUAUACACAGCGUGAUCAUAGUACUAGUUUACGCCAUAGUGAAAGUGGGAUGGUGGAUCAGGUUUUAUUAACUACAAAUGCUGAUGGCUUGAGAUUUGUGAAAGUGAGGAUGAGAUCUGUUCGUAUUCCUCAGAUUGGAGAUAAAUUUAGUAGCAGGCAUGGCCAAAAGGGGACUGUGGGUAUGACUUACACUCAGGAAGAUAUGCCAUGGACUGUUGAAGGCAUUACGCCUGACAUUAUUGUGAAUCCUCAUGCCAUUCCCUCUCGAAUGACUAUUGGUCAGCUUAUUGAGUGUAUUAUGGGAAAGGUUGCUGCUCAUAUGGGGAAAGAAGGAGACGCCACUCCAUUCACUGAUGUCACGGUCGAUAAUAUCAGUAAGGCUCUGCAUAAGUGUGGAUAUCAGAUGCGUGGAUUUGAAACAAUGUACAAUGGGCACACUGGAAGAAAAUUGACUGCCAUGAUAUUCCUUGGUCCCACCUACUACCAGAGGCUUAAGCACAUGGUGGAUGACAAGAUCCACUCAAGAGGCCGUGGCCCUGUGCAGAUUCUUACAAGGCAGCCGGCUGAAGGCCGUUCUCGUGAUGGUGGUUUGCGUUUUGGAGAGAUGGAAAGGGACUGCAUGAUUGCUCAUGGGGCUGCUCAUUUUCUCAAGGAGAGGUUGUUUGACCAAAGUGAUGCUUAUAGAGUUCAUGUUUGUGAGAUAUGUGGGCUCAUAGCAAUUGCCAAUCUAAAAAAGAAUUCAGUCGAGUGCAGGGGCUGCAAGAACAAAACUGACAUUGUUCAAGUGCACAUACCUUAUGCUUGCAAGUUGCUCUUUCAAGAGCUCAUGUCUAUGGCCAUUGCCCCCAGGAUGCUCACAAAGGAAGAUAAAAGUAACCAAAAAAAGAAGAAAGGAGUCUGAGUGAGAGUCAAGCUUAUAACUUCCAUUAUUCCUAGCAUCUAACUUAAAUUCAACCUCAAGACACAUGAAAAUGUCUGAUUCAGUUUGUUAUUGCAAAUAUACAAGAAGAGUAUCAGCAGUGAUAUAUCUCCUUUUCUGUGAACUCUGUAAAAUAGUGAUUUCUUCCUUCCUGUAUUCAUGGAUGUUUUACUACAAUGAGAAAACUGAAAUAUAAUGUGACUGUUUUGGUGACA